CACAAAACCCACCGUAUUUUUAUUACCCCAGAUUAGUAGUAGCAAACGUAGCCAUGGAUAGCACCGGUAUACCUGACGAUAAUGUCAUAUUGGCCAUCACUCGCGUGAGUACGCCCCCACUGUUGAGCACGCCCGUAGUCCAGCCAAACAAGUCGGCAGUGCGCGAAGGCGCUGCAGGGGACUCAGCCGACCCAACGGUUACACCCCCAGGGCACUGGCACAGUCUCGUGCAUGCGGACACGCCGUGGCAGCCUCCACCCUCCCAGACACCACACAGCGGGGCUAUCCGUGCGGGACCUGACUUUGUUGCUGUUGACCACCGGCAUCACCCGUAUACAGUGGACAUGACCCCCAGCCAUGACUUUACCCGCCUCUACCCAUCGCAUGCAACAAAGUCCGAGGGAUCGCCGAAGCUGAGCGGGCAGCAUCAGUCAAAUAUGCACCUGCACUCCGCAAUUCCGCUGCAGGAAAACAUUUCAGAGCAGUAUCAGCAGCAUGCGCAGGUACGCAAACAAAGACGCACACAGGCGUGCGACUGGUGCCACAAGAAACGAAUCAAGUGCGAUGGUGGCAAACCGUGCAAUAACUGCAUCAAGCGCGAUGUGCGGUGCGAAUGGAGGACGAUGAAACGGCGCGGUCCUAAGCCAAGGGUGGCCAAGGCAGAACUGUCGAAUGCCGAUGCGGCCACAUACGGCAAAUUCACAAAAAAGCCUUCGGCAGCUGACAUCGCCAAUCUUCUGCUGGAUGACGAGGUGGUCCGGACCAGCAGGCUGUAUGCUUCUAGCCGCACGCCGUCCAAUCCGCGGAUGUCUUCUUCAGGCACCGAUACCUCACGCCACAGCCCGUCGUCCGAGGACGAUAUGCACACAGACGGAUUUGUCAGACCGCCAAUUGAUGGUCUGCUACAGGAAUUCUAUUCGGACAAGGUUGAAACGGAGACACGCGACGCAGUGCUGGCAUAUUUCGACUAUGUGUAUCCAUCAUAUGGUGCCGUCUUCCACCCAUCGACAUUUUUACGCCGCAUUGUCGCCAACGAUGUGCAUCCGCUGCUCAUUGAGGCACUCAAGUGCGUGGUUGCACCAUAUGUUGCGCUGAAGAAGAGGGUCAAGCUUGAAACCGGCAACCUGGCAAGCGAGCUCAAGACCAAAAUACUAUUUUCGCUGGAGAAGCCGACGACUGACAUUGUCUUGGCAUUGCUCUUCUUGUCGAUGACGGAGGCCCAGGUGACCCGUAUGGAUACCUAUGCAGUGAUAAUAUCAGCGACGACAGGUUUGAUCAUGCGCUUGGGCUAUCACAAACUUGAUCUGUACAGGAACUCGGACCCAAAGACAUGGGAGGAGUGGAUUGAGGUCGAGACAAAGCGGCGGAUAUUCUGGUCGGUCUUCCAGCACGAUUCAUUAAUGGCACUGGUUCAGGGCUUGCCGACAAUGAUACCAGAAUCGUCGAUAUUUGUCAAAUCGCCCUGUGCCGACUCGGAUUGGAACGAUAUCGAGUUUCCCCUCAUCUACAGCACCGAUGGAAUGAUGCCCGUUUCUGAGAGGGUAUUGGCAGCCCAUGGCGGCAGCUCAAAGAAGAUGUCGUCGCACGAGUCAUCGCCGGAGCAGGAAAUCCCUGUCUCCGUCGUCACCGGAGCUGUAUCUCAUUCGUUUGCAUUACUUUGCGAGUUUAGCACGCUGGAUAGCCGCAUUUGCCAGUUUCUGAGCGAUGCAAGGGCAGCAAGAAUCGACCAGGACAAUAUGGAACUGCAGAAUCGCCCGUUUCCUGCGGUGGAUUUCCUCGAGCCAGUUGCUGACUCUGGGCAGUUGGUAUACCCUGUUAGGCGCAUGGCCAAAUUGGUGUCUGGCUACUCAAUGUUCCACCAGUUUGAUGCACAGCUGCGUGACCUACGCGAGCGAAUCAAACCGCCCAAACACAUUAUUGGCCUUACAUUUAGCGAGAGCGAUAUGCAGCAGUUUGGUAGCGCAGACUACAGGGCUUCAGUCAUGCGAGUGCGCUACGUGGUCAUCACGGCAUAUACGUGCAGUUCGACCAUCAUUCUGCACUCGAAUAAUCGGCCGUCGUUUUUUGCCGAGUUUGACCAACCGAUCGAAGAGCAGGCUGACCCGAAAAGUGUGGCCCUUAGACAGGUGAUGUCGACAAUGUUUGGUACAGUCUGGAGUCAGGGGCUACUAGCAACGGAUAUUGUGCCAGAGUCGUGGUACAUUUGUGUUCAGAGCGCACACACAUUGGCCGAGUUCCUCAGGGAUAACGACGACAUACCAAGCAUUAGGUUUGAUGUAAUGGUGUAUAUAAGCAUCAUCAUUAAUUCCAGCGUGCUUUUGCGGCAGAUUCGCUGCUGCAGAGCAGCAUUAAAAGAGGCGGACGAUUCUGAGAUGCCGCUGAGCCAGUGGCAGCAGGAACUUGACAGGUCGAUACGGAAUAUCAGGUCGAUGUGGGAUGCAUUGGUCAGGCUCAGCGAGGCCUGGAAUCUCGAGGGGGCCACGGAUGUCCUCAAAAUGAUGGACACCGACGAUUUCAUCAGCGCCACAGAGCAGUUAUCUUUACUUUCGUUGUAGCCAGAUAUGCAAUGCAUGUUGUACCGAAUUACCUAGCAGUUCAAGCGAGUAUUUGUGCUUGCGCGGCCGGCAGAGUAACCACCGCAUUAAGAAAGCCACAGGCGCCAUUCGUAGACCGCUGUCGUGUCUCUGAUGCACCAGUUGUAUUCAAGACUGCCUCUGUGUUCGGCAAAACGCUUCAUAAAUAGCGCAAUACGAAUCAAUAUGCUAGAGGGCGGUUACUUAAUUCCAUCAUAUCCACCAUCUGCUGCCAUCGGCCUCGCUCUUCCGGGAAGACAGAAGACGUACUCUCCCAUUGCUAAUCAGAACCGGGUGCAGAUGAGUAGUGGCCGUCUCACAAUAAAUUGGGGCAUUGAAU